GUACUUUUAUUUUGGUUAAAUGAAGAUGUCAUUCAUUUUAUUAGUGGAAUAUAGAAUAACAGCAUUAUUUUAAAGGCUUGUUUGCUGAUACUUAUUUGUCUUUGUGUUUAUAGGACAUUCUGAGAUUUCAAAUCUUUUCAAGACUGUUGUCCAAAUUAGAAUUAGCCCUCAUAAGAACACCAGUUGAUCUUGAUUUCCUGGAAUUUACAUGUCGUCAAGAAAUGUACCUAUGUCAGACCCUGUCAAGACAUGUUGAUGUGCCAUCACCAAUCAUCCAGGCCCUGCAGGAGCUCUUUUCACUCGUCAGACAGCAAAUAGAACUUACCGCCCCACAGACAGAAGUAACUACCGUGGCUGGCAGGACAGGGCGUCCAAAAUACAACAUUGAAAUGGAGACUUUGGCUGAGCUUUGUGAACUAAACCUCUCUGUACGCUACAUUGCAAAACUUCUGGGCGUUUCAUGUCGCACUGUCCGUAGACGUAUUAGAGAGUUUGGGUUUUCCCCGAAAACGUACAGUAACAUCAGUGAUCAAGACCUCAAUAGAUUAGUUGUCCAGAUUAAAAAUGAAAUGCCCUCUGCUGGAUACCGAAUGGUCAAAGGUAGGCUUCAAUCCAUGGGGAUUCACAUUCAGUGGAGAAGAGUAGCUGCUUCAAUGCACGAAGUGGAUUCGAUAGGAGUCCUAUCCAGAAUGUACGGAUUGGGAUGUGUGGUACGCCGCACAUAUUCUGUGAGAGGGCCCCUGUCUCUCUGGCAUGUGGAUACUAACCACAAGUACAACAUAGUAAUUUUUGGAGCAGUGGAUGGAUACUCUAGGAAGAUAAUGUGCUUGAAUGCUGCAACGAAUAACCGAGGAUCGACAGCCCUUAGUGUCUUCAAAGAGGCAACUGAACAAUAUGGUGUACCCUCAAGGCAG